GCCGAGCCCAAGCACGCCCGCACGAUGGGUCGCCAUGGCCGCAACAACACGUCCCGCGCCGACUUCACCUACGCAGAGCGCGAGAUGGCAAACUCGGGCUCCAAGCGGGGUCGCCUCGGACGCGACUCGAUGAAGAACUUUGACGCGUGCUCCCUCUGCCUUCGACACGCCCGCGACCCGCGCAUCUGCCCCGACGGCCACGUCUUCUGCCAAGAGUGCAUCCUCACGUCGCUCCUCGACCAGAAGAAGGACAUCAAGCGUCAGCAGGUCCUCCUCGAGCGCAUGCGCUCCGAGUCCGAGGCCGAGAUGGCGACCGCGCGCGCCGCAGCCCGCGAGCGCGUCCUCAAGGAGUUCGAGUCGGCCCAGUCGUCGCUCGGCAGCGCCGGCAGGUCCGGUGCCUCGUCGUCGUCAUCGUCGGCCGCGAACGGCGGCGCGACAAAGGCGGGCGAGGGCGGGCCGAGGGGCACCAAGCGCGUGUUCGAGCUCGACGAGGACGAGAUCGAGCGGUUGACGCAGGAGAAGACGGACGAAGCGCUCAGCAAGACGGCGCAGGACAUGGCCGAGGCGCGCAAGGCCAAGCUGCCCAACUUUUGGCUCCCUUCUCUCACGCCUUCCGCCACGCCCGACGCCAUCAUCGACGUCAAGCUGCAGACGCUGUGCCACGCCGGCAAGCGGCCGCACCCGGUCAACCUCAAGCAGCUCACGACGGUCAAGUUCACCGAGGACCCGGUCGAGAAGACGAGCUCGGGGUCGCCUGUCGUCCAGUGCCCGAGCUGCCGCAAGAGCAUCACGAACAACGUCAAGGCGUUCGUGCUCAAGGCGUGCGGCCACGUUCUGUGCUCUACUUGCGUCGACACGCUGUGCAGCACCGACAAGCAGUGCGCGCACUGCGCCUCGAAGCUCGACAAGAAGGUGCCCUACAUCCCGCUCGCGAGCGACGGCACCGGGUUUGCGUCGGGCGGCGGCGUCGAGGUGAGCCGGUACGACGUCAAGCUCGUGUGAGCGGUGCGAGGAGGGCCGUGACGGCCGUGCAACGAGGUUCUGGCGCGCG